AUGGUUCAAACGAUAUCUGGUAAGCUUGCCGAAGACAAAGUUGAAGAAAAAUUGAAUGCAAAGUCUAGAGGACACCUUGAAGUCAAUUACAGGGCGACAGACUUGUAUCCAGUUACAAACGGCGCAUACUUUCCCGAACUGGGUACUAUACCAACUGAAACAAUAUCUCUUCGACAGGCUGCACUAUCGCAGAGUUUUCUGGCAUUAGGUGUAACUGUAAGACUAGCUGUUCUAAUGCAAAUCCUCACUGCACUUCUGACUGCCAUCC